AGCAGGUUUGUGUGUAUGUGUCCGUCUGUCCAGAGGAGGGCAGUGCUGUGUCCUCGCGCUAUGUGUAAAGAGGAAGAAGAAGAAGUGAAAUUAAAAAGUCCGGGACCAGCUCGAUGUGAGCAGUUGAGAACCUGGUCAGGAUGGCAGCAGACUCAGAAUCCAAACUCCAGCUGGUCCACAGACACAUCCGCCAGUUCCCGGACUUCCCGAAGAAAGGGAUCCUGUUCAGAGAUAUCUGCCCCAUCCUGAAGGAUCCAGCUGCUCUCACCGCAGUGAUCGACCUGUUUGAAGAACACGCCAGGAAGAAUUACAAGCAGGUCGAUUUGGUCAUAGGGUUAGAUGCUCGUGGCUUCCUGUUCGGGCCUCUGCUCGCCCAGCGGCUUGGUGUCGGCUUCGUCCUGGUCAGAAAGAAAGGCAAACUACCAGGAGCCACCGUGUCUGUGGCGUAUGAUCUGGAGUACGGCACGGCUGAGGCAGAGAUCCAGGAGGACGCCGUGGCUCCGGGACAGAAGGUUCUGCUCAUUGAUGACCUCCUGGCUACUGGAGGGACGCUGUUUGCAGCCUGUGAGCUGAUGAGGAAGCAGCAGGCCGAGGUUCUGGGCUGCAUGGUGAUCAUCGAGCUCAAAGAGCUGAACGGCUCCGACAAACUGAAGCCACACGGUGUUUUCUCCCUGCUUCAGUACUGAGGACCAAACAGUGGUUUACAGCCGGCGGGUCCAACUCACUCACUUACAGUUUUUAUUAUUUCAAACAUGUACAGUUUUUCAUUCCAGCCGAUACUGAGAGAUGAGAUGUUUUGUCAUUCAUUCAUAAACCUGCUAAUUCUCUGAUUGCCUUACCCAGCAUGCUUUGGGCUUAUCCCAAGGAGACAUUUUGGUUUCUCCAGUUCCUAAAGGAGUCUAAAAAUGUCUUAACGUGUCUAGAACGUUCCUUUCACCUGAUGCAUGCUGGGAUCACUGAGCACCACUCUGUGCCAAAACAGGAAGUGGGACAGAACAUUUCAUCUCAGACUGAAUGACCUUAUGUCUACAUUUUGCAUAGUUUUUGUUUUAUUGUAUCUGAUAAAACGACAGACUGUCCUCUUCAGCAUGAAGGUGGCGUCCCUGUUUAAAGGGGCGGAACGUGGGUCAAUGACUGGAGGCCAUGCUAUGCUAUCCAUGUGAGGCUACAGUUAGCUGUGGCAUGCUAUGCUGGCUAAUUAACAAUACUAUAUAUUUAUUUGGAUUUUGAGAAUCCAAAGUCUUAAAGUCUUUACAUUUGUGCACAAUGUGUGUAUUUGAUGGAGGUAUCCAAACAUGGCCGCCUCUUCUAUGAGGACACACUCAUAUUAAUAUAAAAUAAAAUAUUCUGUAUUCCACUGUUUGAUAACUGACAGACUGUGAAAAAAAAUACACACAGGAUGAUGACAAAUAACAAAUAAAUAAAAGUUGGAACGUUGUAUUUAAAGCCAUACAGCUGUUUACUAACAGUUGACCUAUGACCUCUGUUCCCUUCACUAAUGCAGGUUUCCUGUGUUCAGUUUGUUGUGAUUUUGUCCUUAAUGGAUAAUAUUUGUGUUUCUUUGUUUGAACCACAAACGUAUUAAUUUAAUAAAGGAAACUACAGACUUGG